AUGGAUUACGCUUCGAUUCCGACGCCAGCUUCGUGCUAUGCCGAUUUCUGCUUGAUUCCCGUUGGCACGGGCAGCGUUUCCGUGGCGGAAGAAGUUGCGCAGGUUCAGCGUGUUCUUAAGGCGAGUGGGUUGAAGUACACGAUGCACUCUGCGGGAACGACUGUUGAGGGCAGCUGGGAGGAUGUCAUGACGGUGAUUGGCAAGGCGCACUCGGCGGUUCAUGAGAAGGGGGUUGUAAGAGUUCAGUCGUCGAUGAGGGUUGGCUCAAGGACGGAUAAGAAACAGACUGCUGAGGACAAGGUUAAGAGGGUUGAAGAUUUGCUGAGCAAGGAUGCCAAAUGA